UACUUUCUUCCCCUCUCAGCCUCUCCUUCCUCCGACUCCCUUUCCUACAAUCCGCCGCCGCCGUGCAACCCCUACUCUCCACCUCCGUCCAUCACAAUCCUCACCGCCGACACGACCAACCCUCCUGGAUGGCGGAAAGGGGGUUGGGAGGCGAGGCAACAAAGAUGAAUCUGUGGGAGGCCCCCUACCGCCAUCUCUCUCGAUGAAGAAGAACGGGAAAUGGCAGCAGAGAAGAUGCAGGCGCGACCAGGUCUGGUCUCACCAUCCGAAGGGUUGGAAGAGGAGGACGACGAGAAUGGAGGCUACCUUCGAGAGAGACUGCGAAGAGGAAGAAGUGCCUUGGAGAGAGACGGCGGAAACAAAGAAAUUAAGGGCUCUCCAGAUCCGCAAUUUGGAUAACAGAAGCAUCUGGGUUCUGUUCACCAUUUCCAGAUCCGCAAUUGCGACUGCCGUUGAAGCUUCUUGAUUUUUCCAGAUCUCCAAUUUGGGUAGCAAAGAGGCAAGAACGUCGUCAUUCCAUUCAAUUUUGAUCCUCUCCACGACUACCCAUGCAUAUGAUCCAAUAAACGACAUGGUCGGAUACUCCAUCAAGCAAACAAGACAGAUUUUUGUUGGUUGCGAUUUGGGACCAUAUGUAUGGUUCUGUCCUGCCACCUAAAGGCUAGCUCAACGAUUUCCUUACCAACUGAAAGACAAAAAUGAGUAAUUACACAUGAAAAUUGACAACCCAACAAACAAUCAAAGAGAGCAUAUCAAACAACAAACAAGGGUAGGAACAGACAUCAACCACAGUUCUAAACUACAUGACACCCACGGCCUCGGGCGCCAUCCCCAUUACUCCAUACAAUAUAUAAUAUUGUAUUGG